AUGAUGCCUUCUCAUCAUGUUCUCUCGAUUCCGAGUAUUCCGGCACCGCCGCCCAUAUCACGGCCAUCCUCUUUGGUCGAGGAUAGCCCCAAGAAGCCGUUGACCCUCGCCUGCUUCUUCUGCCGCAAGCGCAAGAUUGCAUGCCAGAGUCCGCCCGCCAGCUCGCGCGAUCGUACGUGCAAUCAAUGCGCAAAGCGCAAGCUGAAGUGCGUGUACCCCUCGACUUCGAGGCGCGGCAUUCGGCCACGGGUAUACGAUGUGAUUGACGAGCCUUACCGUCGUCCGGCACUCCCUCUCUCGCACUGA